UCCAAUUGAGGACUUUUUUUUUUUUUUGUACCUUCAGGGGGCAGCUGAUAUUACAUUUACCAGCCUGCUGUGUUCUCCCACCCAGAAGCUCAGGGGAAAACAAAGCAGAGAGAUUCAUUCCUAACCAAAAGAAACCAAGGAAAGAAUUCCAAGAAGUCUAGAAGCCAAGUUCUUUUUUUCCCCCGUUCUUUCUUCUUCCCAUGCCUUGAAAAUCAGAUGUACCUGCCUUCAGGAGAAGCAGAAAAGAGAAUCAGCUGUUCAAGGCUAAAACCUUCUUUGGAAGAAGCUUUGCUGCAGGGCAGAACAUCUGUGAAGCUUUAUCAAUCCAGUAAUUCAAUCAUGGAGAGAGGUUUAAAACGCUCCUCCGGUGCCUUGCCUACAGUCUCUUCCUGGUCCUGAGGAAGAAGAAGAAGAAGAAGACCUUUCAGAAAGGACUGAGCAUCCUUGUGCUUUCUGCCUCCCCCAUCUCCAGCUGGGGGAAUGGACCAAUUCUCUAGCAUCUCCUGAAAAAAGUGGAACAGACUAACGAGUGAAGAUGAUCAAGCCCCUGGUCCAGCCGGAGGAGCGCAGCUCGGCCGGGGCGCCUUCUACUCUGCCGCCGCCGCCGUCGCCUCCCGUCAAGAAAGACGUGGAGCUCCUUCUGGUGAAGGAGCAGAACGGGGUGCAAUACACCAGCAGCCACCUCCUGGACCACGCCGCUCCCGGCUACAGCUCCGCCGGCGCCCCGCUGCAGGAGCGCGAGACUUGGGGUAAAAAGAUCGACUUUCUGCUCUCCGUGGUGGGUUUCUCGGUGGACCUGGCCAACGUCUGGCGCUUCCCUUACCUCUGCUACAAAAACGGAGGAGGUGCCUUCCUCAUCCCUUACAGCCUUUUCCUCAUCAUCGCAGGAAUGCCUUUGUUUUAUAUGGAACUUGCUUUAGGCCAAUAUAAUAGAGAAGGGGCUGCUACUGUAUGGAAAAUCUGCCCAUUGUUUAAAGGUGUGGGCUACGCAGUGAUCCUCAUAGCCCUCUAUGUUGGUUUCUACUACAACGUUAUUAUUGCCUGGUCUCUCUAUUACCUGUUUGCCUCCUUCUCGACGGGGGAGCUUCCUUGGAACCAUUGUAAUAAUCACUGGAACACCCCCAACUGCACAGACCCUAAAGUCAAUAACUCUGUAUUUUUCAACAUUAGCGCCAAGCUCAAGAAUACUCCGGCGGCUGAAUUUUACGAGCGGAGAGUUCUGCAAAUUAGCCGUGGGAUUCAUGAAAUCGGCCAGCCACGGUGGCAGCUGGUACUGUGCCUCUUGGUGGUAGUCAUAAUCCUGUUUUUUAGCUUGUGGAAAGGUGUGAAGACCUCUGGAAAGGUUGUAUGGAUAACUGCUACGUUGCCUUACAUUGUGCUGUCUGUGCUGCUAAUUCAUGGGUUAACUUUGCCAGGUGCUUAUGAGGGAAUCAAGGCUUAUCUCAACAUUGAUUUUGGACGAUUGAGAGAAGCUCAAGUAUGGAUUGAUGCUGCUACUCAGAUAUUUUACUCCUUAGGAGCUGGAUUUGGUGUCUUAAUUGCCUUUGCAAGCUACAAUGAAUUCCACAACAAUUGUUACAGGGAUGCACUGAUGACUAGUACAAUCAACUGUGUCACCAGCUUUAUCUCUGGUUUUGCCAUUUUUUCUAUCUUGGGCUACAUGGCUCAUAUAUACAAAGUCAGCAUUAAAGAUGUGGCUACAGAAGGAGCUGGGCUGGUUUUCAUCCUUUAUCCGGAAGCUAUUUCAACCCUCAACGGAUCAACUUUUUGGGCAAUUGUGUUUUUUAUAAUGCUGCUUAGCCUGGGCAUAGACAGUUCUAUGGGUGGCAUGGAAGCCGUCAUUACUGGCUUGGCAGAUGAUUUUGAGAUCCUGAAGAGAAACAGAAAGCUCUUCACGCUUCUUGUCUGCAUUGGCACUUUCCUCCUUUCUCUCUUGUGCGUAUCCAAUGGGGGGAUCUACAUUCUGACUCUGCUAGACACUUAUGCGGCUGGGACCUCCAUCUUGUUUGCUGUUUUGGUGGAAGCCAUUGGCGUCUCCUGGUUUUAUGGUGUGGACAGAUUCAGCGAAGACAUCCAGCGAAUGUUGGGUUUUAAACCGGGCAUCUACUGGCGAUUGUGUUGGAAAUUUGUGAGCCCUGCUUUUUUACUGUUUGUAAUCUUAGUGAGUAUCAUAAAUUCCAAGUCGUUGACCUAUGACCAAUACACCUUCCCGGCCUGGGCCAAUUCUGUUGGAUGGGCCAUUGCAUCAUCUUCCAUGAUCCUUGUGCCUGCAUACAUCCUCUACAAAUUACUAAGGACGCCAGGGACCUUUCAACAAAAAAUAGCGUACUGCUUCACGCCUGACAAUGAGCAGCAUCUAGUAGCUCAAGGAAAUGUGAGACAGUUUAAGCUUCAACACUGGAUUUCCAUAUGAUAACUGUGAAUUUGACAGGAAAAGUCCAUAUGUUGUAAAACACAGUUGGGAAUACCUGAGAAAUCAGUGACUGAACUCUGGGUCAUCCUUGUUUGUUAACUGACUGGCUAGCAGGAUGAUUCAGAUUAUUAAUUCCAAAUUUCUACCCGCGAAGAUUCAUCUUCCACUCAAACACUUAAUAAUUCAUGCUUUUUUUCCCCCAGAUGAACUUUCUUGAUAGGUUGAUUUUUUUUAUUAUUUUUUUUCAUUUAACGAUAAUGAAAAAUGCAACAAUUAAUUUUCAACAAGCUAAAUGUGCUCCUGGUCAAAAAAAGGGGACAAUGCUUGCUAAUGCCAGCAGCAAAGACUGGAGAUGUCUACUUUUGCUCAGAGGCCAUUUUACUGGAAGCAGAGAGAGAGAGAGACAGAAACAGAGAGACAGAGAGAGAGAAACAACAUCAAGAAGAUAUUUGAAAUUUUCAAAAGAAAAGAAAUGGAUGUGUUUCUUUAGUCAAGGGGGAAAAUAACAGGAAAUACUGCUGGAUAAGGAGGUUCACCCAGACAUGGUCACCAACUGAUUAUGCACCCAUCAAGCUGGCGGGUCAAUCUUGGACAAUUCUGGUUUGGUGGAGAAAUCCUGAGUCAGAUUUCUAAUGAAAAAACUUUCCCACGUGCUUCAAAGUCUCUGGGUCAAGGGAACACCUUGCACUGUUGUAAGAAGGUUCCCAA